UGCUGUCCCACUUCAACCUUUACUUUCAACCUUAAAACUUGCAUACAUACAUCUCUUUGCACAAUAGCACCAAGGACCUCUAUAAAACAAUGUAGUUUUUUUGUCUAAUUUAUUCAAUUCGUUCAUUUACAAAUAGCCUUUUCAUUUCAAAACGCUUGUCAUUUUUUUAUUUAUUUAUUUCUCAGGUUACUCCUGUCAGUCUCUUAUUUUUUACUUUUAUGAAUCCAUAUACAGCAAAGUAAUUAACCAGUGAAAUAAGGAUUUACCUUUGCGGAUUCAGCACCCCAUGGAAACAUUAUGUUAACUAUUUUACCGUUUUAACUUUUGCAUGUAGUUAAUUGCAGGUUUUAAGCACAUUUCGGUUCCGUUUGUUUUUUGCGGAUCUGUUUCGAGGUGGAGAAUGCAGAUCUUAGUAAUCGCUGCAGCUUUGCUGUUUAUUGAGAACUUCAUCGGCGCCGAGCCGAGGACCAGUUGCCCGUCUCGGUGCGACGUGAGCCGGUGCCCAAGCCCAAGCUGUCCGAGCGGCUACGUCCCGGACCGCUGCAACUGCUGCCUGGUGUGCGCCAGCGCGGAGGGCGACCCCUGCGGGCGGAAGGAGGACCUGCCGUGCGGAGACGGGCUGGUGUGCAGGCACCCGGCCGGCAAGCGACUCUCAAAGGGCGUCUGCCAGUGUAAAAUGGGCCACAAAGUGUGCGGCAGCGACGGCAAGACUUACGGCAACGUGUGCCAGCUAAAGGCUGUCAGCAGGAAGGCACUGCAGCGGGGAUCGCCCGCUGUUUCCCAGGCACAUAAGGGAUCGUGUGAAAAAGGGUCCAGCACAGCUAGUGUAGGCCAUUCACAUCCAAACAGUCCGAGGUACAAGUUCAACUUCAUCGCCGACGUGGUGGAGAAGAUCGCCCCGGCUGUCGCACACAUCGAGCUCUUCCUCAGGCACCCACUUUUUGGCCGGAACGUGCCCCUGUCCAGUGGCUCGGGGUUCAUCAUGUCGGAGGCGGGGCUUAUCGUGACCAACGCCCACGUGGUCUCCAGCACCACGUCCCUGUCGGGCCGGCAGCAGCUCAAAGUGCAGCUGCACGACGGCGACACAUACGAGGCCGCCAUCCGGGACAUCGACAAGAAGUCCGACAUCGCCACCAUCAAGGUCAACCCCCAGAAAAAGCUGCCCGUCUUGCGGCUGGGCCACUCGGCCGACCUGCGACCCGGGGAGUUCGUGGUGGCCAUCGGAAGCCCCUUCGCCCUGCAGAACACCGUCACCACCGGCAUCGUCAGCACCGCGCAGCGGGACGGCAAGGAGCUGGGCCUCCGCGACUCGGACAUGGACUACGUCCAGACGGACGCCAUCAUCAAUUACGGGAAUUCUGGAGGUCCUCUGGUUAACUUGGAUGGAGAAGUAAUCGGAAUCAAUACCCUGAAGGUGACAGCCGGAAUAUCUUUUGCCAUUCCCUCGGACAGGAUCAAACUGUUCCUCAACGAAUCUCUGGAGAGACACAGUAAAGAGACGAAGGGCUUGAAGAAGCGUUUCAUUGGAAUCCGAAUGCUCACUAUCACUCCAGGCUUGGUGGAGGACCUGAAAAAGCAGAACGUGGACUUCCCAGGCAUCAGUAGCGGCAUCUAUGUCCACGAGGUUCUGCCCAACUCCCCGGCUCAGAAGGGCGGGAUCAAGGACGGCGACAUCAUCGUCAAGCUGAACGGCCGCGCGCUGACCGGCACCGCCGACCUGCAGGAGGCGCUGGCGGAGGAGACCGCAUUGCUACUGGAGGUGCGUCGCGGCAACGACGACCUGCUGUUCAACAUCCAGCCCGACAUGAUUAUGCAGUGACUUCGACGGCACCGCAGGACUCCAGCGCUUGGACGGUUUCGCAACGAACGAGGACUUGCCGGCCCCCCCGCAUGGGCAGGUCACCACAUGAGGGGGGGGGGGGUCACGGUGCGCCAAUCAAAACCACACCCCAGAUCGUCCUCUAGACUGACUCUGAUGCAGUCUGACUGCUCACGGUGAGAGUCACAUUGCACAAAUAUAUCACAUACUUCAAGAAACUGCUCGUAGACACUAACACAGUAGUAUGACUGUAUCUGUCACAACGAAGUCAUUUAUAUUGAAGGAAUCUGCUGAAUACCGUGUACACAGUGAGUAAAUCCCAAUGACGUUGGUUCUGGGAACCUAAGCUUCUUUCUGUCCAAGGCAGCCAGAGCCUAAUGUGAAAUCACAUGCUGCCAGUCAGCCUGUGAUGCUUCAAAAGCGACCCGCGAGAUCUCGCAAAGCCGCGGCACUGUCACGGGUUCGGGGGGGCAGCUCGCGGCGCGAUCCACGGACCUGCAGUGCCGACGUGUCCAUAAGCGGCGUCUCAUCAGCGGCGAAUACAUGUUUACAGCGUCAGACCUGCCUUUACAACCAAAGUUAAUAUGAAUAGGGAGAAUUUAAAUGUUUUUCUUUUCUUGUUUAUCUAUAAAUAAGGUGUAUAUAACAGCUGCCGAAUGGCCUGCGUGUAAAACUAUUGUGUCUUAAGAUCUUAAUCCGCUUUGUUCCAUAUUUAGAUUGAAAACCCCCCACUGUUAAAGUAAAUCAAGCUGAAAAAUUC